AAUUAUUUUAGUCUUCGACGGCAGAUGGCGGGCGAGUCCAAUGUUUUGACAAGAAAACUUUGUUGUCCUCCGUCGUCCUCAUCUUGCCAAGUUUUUUAUUUUGCUCUUUCUUAUCUGUUGCUGCUCCCUUUGUCUCCUCUGCUUCAAGAGUCACGCAUUGCUUAGAAGUUUGCACCAGCCUCAGACAAGACAAUGUGAACACAGGCUUUUAUAUAUUUAUAUAACAUAUUUAUAUUUCUUUUGAAAAAAAAAAAGCUCUAACCGGUAUUAAGCACGCUGUGGUUUGUUGUGUAUAUAUAUAUAUUUAUAUAUUUAUAUAUAUUCGUAUAUUAGUCGUAUAUAAAUAUAAAAAAUUCCGUCGUUACUCUCUGCGAUCGUCGCUUACUUUGUCUUGUCCGUAGUGCUGUGCCAUCUUUUUCGUUUUGUCAAAAGAUACCUGUCAUUGUUCCGUCUCUCUCUUUCUGGUGGUGCUACAAUGGCAAACGCGGCAUCACCUCUCAGAACCGAAGAUCGCAAACUCCAACGUCAGGCCAUGUAUAAAGUUUCUAUGCCCCCUUGGAAAGAAACCUAUCGCAAAAAAUGUUUCGAGCGUCUGAGGUUGAGCCGAGCUAAGCUACUUGAUCGAUUCCGUCAGAUGAAAGAUGAGCCAGAGGGCGAGACAGAUGUGGAACUUAUCAAGGACAUUAUGAACAAGGAAUGGUUGAGCCUCUGGGAUGACGAAGCUGAACUGGAACGAGAGGCUAACAUUCCUCUUGAUAUUUCAUUCAUUCCUGAAGACGAAAAUGUUGAAAGAAUCCUUGAAAUAUUUGAAGAAAUUGAGGCAGAAUUGAAAGAAGAAGAACAAAAACUCCUUAGAGAACAUGACUUAUAUGAAGAAAGUUAUCUGAAUGAAGAGAAAGAAUUGUGCUCAGCAUUAGAGUCGCUCACAGCUGAUGAAGUAGUUUGCCCUAUUUGUAAAAAAAAUCCUUUGAUCGAGAAUAAGGGAGUUAUUUUCUGUAAAUGUGGUCUGCGGAUUAACACAGAGCAAGAUGGCUUCAAACUGGCUGAUGUCAAAGCUCAGCUAGACAGCGGUAUUGAAAUUCAUAACUUUACCUGUGAUGCUGAACCAGAGUUUUCCAUGAUGUGUGUAUUAGGGACCACGAAUCUUUUUAUGACAUGCGAGGCAUGUGACUUUAUGCACAUUAUUAUUUAAAUGUGUCCUUCACAGCAAUUCAUUUGCCAGCCAUCCUUUGAAAAUGAUGAAGCUUGUUGGUUUGUUUGUUUUUUUUUUUUGCUACAUUGAAACCACAUACACAUCCAUACAUACACACACUCACACCUGUUCAGAUACCAUUCUAAAAACAUUUGUAAAUAGUCAUGUAUAUUUCUUGAAUCACAAAAGUAAGAUUUUAAUAAAUGCUUUAUAUUUUUUUUUUAAAUAAAACUAGUUGAUAUUG